AUGCAGCUGAGGGCCUGCGAACAAAUCAAAGCCGUGUCUAAAGCCCCGGAAGUGCCCUUCCUGCUGGCCGCUUGCACGCUUGUCAUUCACUAUGAACAAGACCGUAGUGCACUUAAAAAAAGGGAAUGGGAGCGGAGGAAUCAAGAAGUUCAGCAAGAAGAUGACCUCUUUUCUUCCGGCUUUGAUCUUUUUGGGGAGCCCUACAAGACAAACAAAGGUGAUGCCCUUGCCAACCGAGUCCAGAACACGCUUGGAAACUAUGAUGAAAUGAAGGAUUUGCUAACUAACCAUUCUAAUCAGAAUCAUCUAGUGGGAAUCCCAAAGAAUUCUGUGCCCCAGACUCCCGUCAACAAAAAUGAACCAAGCUUUUUUCCAGAACAAAAGAACCGGAUGAUCCCACCUCACCAGGAUAAUACUCACCCUUCGGCCCCAAUGCCUCCGCCGUCUGUUGUGAUACUGAAUUCCACACUCAUACACAGCAACAGAAAAUCAAAACCUGAGUGGUCACGAGAUAGUCAUAACUCUAGCACUGCACUGGCAAGCCAGGCCAGCAGUCAGCCAAACAAGAUGCAGUCUUUCACGCAGGACCAGCCUCAAGCCAGACUGGAAGACUUCUUUGUCUACCCAGCUGAACAGCCCCAAAUUGGCACAGCUGAAGAGUCCAACCCAUCUUCAAAGGGAGACAGUAAUCCCAAGGCUGGUGGAGAAGAUGCUUUCAAAGAAAUCUUUCAGUCCAACUCACCAGCAGAAUCUGAAUUUACAGUGCAAGCACCUGGGUCUCCCCUAGUUGCUUCCUCUUUGUUAGCUCCUAGCAGUGGCCUUGCGGUUCAGAACUUCCCUCCAGGGCUUUACUGCAAGACAAACAUGGGGCAGCAAAAGCCAACGGCAUAUGUAAGACCCAUGGAUGGCCAGGACCAGGCGCCAGACAUCUCUCCAACACUGAAACCUUCCAUUGAAUUCGAGAGCAGCUUUGGGAAUCUGUCAUUCGGAUCACUGUUGGAUGGAAAGCCCAGUGCAGCCAGUUCAAAGACUAAACUGCCAAAGUUCACGAUCCUCCAAACAAGUGAAGUAAGCCUUCCCAGUGAUCCCAGCUGUGUGGAGGAAAUCUUACGGGAAUCCCAACAUCUGACUCCAGGAUUCACCUUACAAAAGUGGAGCGACCCAACCAGCAGAGCUUCAACAAAGAUGCUCGAAGAUGACCUAAAGCUGAGCAGUGACGAAGAUGACCUCGAGCCUGUGAAGACCUUGACCACUCAAUGCACAGCCACGGAGCUUUACCAGGCUGUUGAAAAGGCAAAACCUAAGAAUAAUCCUGUGAACCCACCAUUGGCCACAACCCAGCCCCCACCUGCAGUGCAAGCCAGCGGGGGUUCUGGCAGCUCCAGUGAGUCUGAGAGCAGCUCUGAGUCAGACUCUGACUCUGAGAGUAGCACCACUGACAGCGAGUCCAAUGAGGCACCUCGAGUGGCCACUCCAGAGCCUGAGCCCCCCUCAACCAACAAGUGGCAGCUGGAUAAAUGGCUUAAUAAGGUGACAUCUCAGAACAAGUCAUUUAUUUGUGGCCAAAAUGAAACACCCAUGGAGACGAUUUCUCUGCCUCCUCCAAUCAUCCAGCCAAUGGAAGUCCAGAUCAAAGUGAAAUCAAACCCCAGCCAGGUAUUGGCUGAACCCAAAGAAAGGCCUCUCCUGAGUCUCAUUAGGGAGAAAGCCCGUCCACGGCCCACCCAGAAACCUCCAGAAACAAAGGCUUUGAAGCAUAAGUUGUCGACAACUGUUGAGACAGCUUCUCAAAGGACAAUUGGGAAGAAACAACCCAAAAAGGUUGACAAGAACACCAGCAUUGAGGAGUUUACCUGGCCCAAACCAAAUAUUACCAACAGCACUCCCAAAGAGAAAGAAAGCGUGGAGCUUCCUGACCCACCAAGAAGCCGCAACAAAGCUACCGCCCACAAACCAGUCCCUAGGAAAGAGCCAAGGCCUAACAUUUCCUUGGUUGCUGAGAAGAAGAAGUACAGAGGGCCUGGCAAGAUUGUGCCAAAGUCCCGGGAAUUCAUCGAAACAGAUUCGUCUACGUCUGACUCCAACACAGAUCAAGAAGAGACCUUACAGAUCAAAGUCCUGCCUCCUUGCACAGCUCCUGGAGGCAAUCCUGCAAAAUCCAAGGAGACCUCUGGUACUAGCCUGACCUUCAGCACCUUAAUCAGCAACAGCAGCAGCAGCAGCAACAGCAACAGCAGCAACAAUAGCCUAUCCAGCAGCAAUGGCGAGCCGUGUUUCUCACCCAUUCCUAUCAUGCAAACUGAGCUUCUGUCGCCUCUGCGAGAUCAUGAGAAUCUGAAAAACCUCUGGGUGAAGAUCGACCUUGGCUUACUUUCCAGAGUACCUGGCCACAAUGCACUCCAAGCAGCACCUGCCAAGCCAGAUCACAAGGAGUCUGCCUCGAAAGCCAGGCGUCAGACCACUGCCACGGCUAUGGAAAGACCAGCCCCGAAGGGCAAGCGUAAGCACAAGCCAACAGAAGCUGCAGAGAAAAUCCCGGAGAAGAAGCAGCGCCUGGAGGAGGCCACCACUCUCUGCCUGCUUCCCCCUUGCAUCUCACCGGUCCCGCCCCACAAGCCUCCCAGCGCUAGAGAAAGUAAUUCAUCCAGGAGAGCAAAUAGAAGGAAAGAAGAAAAACUAUUUCCUCCUCCACUUUCCCCACUGCCUGAGGACCCUCCACGCCGCAGAAACGUCAGUGGAAAUAAUGGGCCCUUCAGUCAAGACAAAAACAUCUCCAUGACUGGACAAAUCACCUUUACUAAACCGAAGAGAAGCGAAGGCAAAUUCUGUGCUACUUUCAAAGGGAUAUCUGUAAGCGAGGGAGACACUGCAAAAAAGGCUGCCUCUGCUACCGUCAAUGUCUCCAACACUGCUAUUGCCAAUGCCACUGUCACUGCUACUGCCAUUGUCACUGCCACUGUCACAGCUACUGCCACCACUACUGCCACGGCCACCACUACAACCACCACCACUACUAUUUCCACCAUCACCUCUACUAUCACUACUGGCCUCAUGGACAGCAGUCACCUGGAGAUGACGUCCUGGGCAGCUCUGCCUCUUCUGUCCAGCAGCAGCACUAACGUUCGGAGACCCAAGCUCACUUUCGAUGACUCGGUUCACAAUGCUGAUUAUUACAUGCAAGAGGCUAAGAAGCUGAAGCACAAAGCAGAUGCACUGUUCGAGAAAUUUGGCAAAGCUGUGAAUUACGCCGACGCUGCCCUUUCCUUCACCGAAUGUGGCAAUGCCAUGGAGCGCGACCCUCUGGAAGCCAAGUCCCCGUACACCAUGUACUCCGAGACUGUGGAGCUCCUCAGGUACGCAAUGAGGCUGAAGAACUUCGCAAGCCCCCUGGCUUCUGAUGGAGACAAAAAGCUGGCAGUAUUAUGCUACAGAUGUUUAUCACUUCUCUACUUAAGGAUGUUUAAACUGAAGAAGGACCAUGCUAUGAAAUACUCCAGAUCACUGAUGGAAUAUUUUAAGCAAAAUGCUUCAAAAGUCGCCCAGAUACCAUCUCCGUGGGUAGGGAAUGGAAAGAACACUCCUUCCCCAGUGUCUCUCAACAAUGUCUCUCCCAUCAACGCAGUGGGGAACUGUAACAACGGCCCAGUCACCAUCCCCCAGCGCAUUCACCACAUGGCUGCCAGCCACGUCAAUAUCACGAGCAAUGUGCUACGGGGCUAUGAACACUGGGACAUGGCAGACAAGCUGACAAGAGAGAACAAAGAAUUCUUCGGCGACCUGGACACCUUAAUGGGGCCUCUGACCCAGCACAGCAGCAUGACCAAUCUUGUCCGCUAUGUUCGCCAGGGACUGUGUUGGCUCCGCAUCGAUGCCCAUCUGUUGUAGUGGGUGCCCUCUCUUCUAGCAUCACCACCCAUCACUCUACCUCUACCAGCGCACAGACAGUCACUGGUGGAACUUCACUCAUUUGGGAAAGUUCUCUUUGGUUAUGUUUGUUUUUAUGCUUCUUUUGAUAUCUGUGAAAAACUUGAAUUCAUUGUAAGUGGACACUACAACGAGACCAGUGUAUAUUUUUUAUUAUUUUUCAGUAUUUGAUACACAUUUCUCAGACCCCAGCAUCUUUUGUGCUUUAUAGAAUGAUAGUCCCUACAAUAUUAUGUUAAAUCGACACUACCCAAAACAAAGAAAAAGAAGCAUAUGUGAUGAUAACAGGUUCCUGAGAAGUGAAACAAAUGGUCUUACAUAUAGAUGAGAACUUAGAUACAAGGGACCUGCAAAGAUUUUUAGCAAUAGCCAUCCCCAAAACUAUACUCUUAUGUCUAGAAAAGAAUGCAUUCCAGAAUCCAUUGUUACACUUCUGUGGUUCCCAACAGAUUCAACCUUCAGGUGAGAAUUCUUAUUGUCAAAACUUAUUAGUUAGAUAUUGUAGCAAUGUCAUAAAAUCUAGAGUAUCAAGAAAUAAAGGGGCUUGGCAGUGUUCCUCGUGCCAUACUACCAGAGACAGAGGACAUUUUUUCUUAGCAUACUGUUCCUGAUUUACUUUCCCUUCCUUUUUUUUAAAAAAAAGAUUUUAAUGAUGAGAAAGAGGGGUGACAUUUAUUUUGACAACUUUAAGGCAUCAGCUGGAUUAAAAUUGUUGGAACUCCAUGAUUUGAAUCUUAAAUCCUCACAGAGAUCUUCUGUGUGCAAAGCUCUUCUUUUGAGGAGAAAUUUGAUGGUUGUAUGCCUUAGUAGCUAAAGUGCUACCUGCCAGUCUUAGAACUGGGAGAUAAGAGAGGUCUGGAAAAUGUCCAACAUGGAAUUCACAUACCUGCUUCCUUUGUAGUCAGUGGCAGAUCUGUAACUAGCAGGAUUUUUAAAUUGUAUUUUUCUCAAUCUAUGGAAACAAAAGUUAAAUUAUUACUACCUGAACAUAAUAAUGUACAAUUUUAUUCCUAGUGUUUUUAAAAUCUGGACUUCCUCAAUUAUUAUCCACAUUUUCUAUUUUCAGGGGUCCUUUUUCUUCUUUC